AAAAAGUUACAUUUUAUAAGGAACAUCUCAGGGAAAGGUGAGGUUUAGGAUGUCCAGAUAUUAAUAUUUCGGGUUUCCAGGUUAGGCGUGAAGAACUGAGAAGAUCUAGAGGAUUGUGGAGAUGCAAUGAUGGACCGUCGAUUGGAAAACAAAGGCUUUUUUUUCAGUUGAGGCAUUACCAAACCCGGAACUAAAGUUGGUCAGUGAGUGACGUGUAAAUGGCAUUCGUUCGCUGGGAUUAGGUGUCAAAGUAGCUCGACGAGGACUGUAAAGUAUUCGUUUGUACGUAUAUUCCAGCAGGGAUGUAGUUUUCGAUUACAUUUGCGAAUCCGAGUUAAUAUGCUGCAGUCGUCAGUCUGUACGGCAUGUGUCAGGCCCCAUCACCAUGGUGCCCGGGUCCGUCAUUCUGACUCCAUAUAGGAUGUGUUUCCGGGUGAGGAGCUGGUGUUAUUGAUCUCUCAACAUUAAAGUCAGCUGCAGUAUGGCGGACCGUGGAGGGCAAAACAGUGAUGAUGAUUCCUAUGAACUUGUAGAUCUGUUGGAGUAUUCAGGACGACAGGAGUGGUGGGGCCGUAUUUUCGGACAGAGUUCAGGACCAGUUGCAGAGAAAUAUUCAGUAGCUACUCAAUUAAUGAUGGGUGGUGUAACAGGCUGGUGUGCAGGUUUUGUGUUUAAGAAGAUUGGCAAGCUGGCUGCUACAGCUAUUGGUGGUGGGUUCCUUUUGAUGCAGUGGGUAAUAGUGGUGCCCUUGAGCUCCUCACUCCUGUUGAAGGUGGAUACACAAAGAGGUCAGCUAGAAGAUUGUUUUACCCACCAUAUCCAUUCAAGCCUGCAUUUUCCAGAGGUUGCAAAUCACAGCGGCUAUAUUAAAGUGGAUUGGAAAAGAGUUGAAAAAGACGUGAAUAAAGCAAAACGACAAUUGAGAAAGAAAGCAAAUAAAGCUGCUCCUGAAAUCAACACCUUUAUUGAAGAGUCAGCUGAAUUUGUAAAGAAGAAUAUCGUGCUUGCCAGUGGCUUUGUUGGAGGCUUUUUAUUGGGACUGGCUUCUUAAAAAUUCCUGACAAUGUACUAACACAAUGACCACCAUGAAGACAAAGCUGCAGUUUGGUCCUGAAAAUCCAAAGCAGUGAAUGCAACUAGAACAUCAGUAUCAACAGCCCACUAAGAGUCACAUCAAAGUGUUCAAGGCCAUGUUUAAAUAUUAAAAAACGACACAAACGAACAAUUAUUUAUCAUGUACUGAUUCAUUGAAUCGAUUUAUAUUCUAACUUAUACUGUCAAGGAAGGCUAAUUUUCAGUUUUACAGUUUUGUAUAGUUACUCCUGCUAUAUUCAUACUUAAGCUGUAAAUCUCUUAACUGUAGAGCAAGAUAAGUAAAUGCUGUAUUUUCUGUUGUACAGACUUAUUAAACAUUCUAUUUAAAACAUUCUAAUGUACAAAGAGAUUAGUAUUGUUUAGCCACAUUUGGGACCGAAUCCCGAUUGUUUACAUUUGGGCAAUUCAUUUAGUUGACUGAAUAUUAAUUAAAGACUAUGAAAUUUGAAGCAAAGAACAUUGACUUUAAAUUAAAGGUAUAAUUUUGGUAAUUUAUUUACACUUGUUUCCUUUCUAUUCAUUAGCUACAAAUGCCUUGGGAGGCCAACUUGAGAAAAUCAUUAAGUAAAGUAUAAUUCUAGCUGAGUCCUGUUGCUAAUCAGCAAUUUCAUUAAUAAUUGUCAUAUUACAAACUGGUUACAACUUUCCAAUUAUAUAAUUUUGGGUAAAAGCAAAAAAUUGCAGAUGCUGAAAAUCUAAAAUAAAAACAGAAAAUGCUGAA